AAUACCUAAACUAAAUCAAAACCGAAACAGACAACAUGGUUUUGUUUGAUCAAAUGUGGGAUGAGGUUGUGGCUGGACCACAACCUAACCGUGGGCUCGGCAAGCUCCGUAAACUCGCCACCUUUUCCGGCAGAGAAGAGGGAAGUAGCAGUCACCCAGGGUCUCUUUCAAUGCCAUCUAGCCCAACCACACCAGGGACUCCAACAAGUACAUCUCCCACAGGUGCGCGUAAGGAAAACGUCUGGAGGAGCGUUUUCAACCCUGGAAGUAAUAGUGCCACCAAGGAUAUUGGAUCUAAGCGCUUCGACAAUACUAAUCCAGGAUCUCCCACCGUUUAUGAUUGGUAA